GCGAAUAACGCGCGCUUCACACCCUCUCAUGCAAAUAGUUUAAAGCCAUUUGGCGCCACGGCUAAAGAUCCUGAAAGGAACUUAUAUUUAAAUAUGCCGUUCUUACCUUAUUAAUGUGAGCUCAGUUGCAGCUUAUGAUUAGAUAAUACUGUACAGGUGGAUUUGGAGUGACAUGUUAUAUGACAGAUGUAAUUAUAUCUAGCGUUAAGUUGACUUAUUUAGAAUUUUUUUAGGCAUCUUGCAGGACUUCGCCGUGGCGCGCAGUGUUGCCACGCCUCUUGAAAAUUUCCCGCGAACUUCCAGGCUAAGCGCCCUGCAGUAACGCUUUUCUGCUUCAUACACUCACUGCUGCAGGACAGGACGGGACGGGAUAAGAGAAGACGAAACAAUGCGCACCAAGAGACAGCAGCCCCCUCCCCCCACCAGAAUGAACCUGAGGAGUUAUCGAAACUCUUCUCUGGUUCCUAUAGAGACCUCUUCCUCCUCUUCAUCCUCUUCCUCAGACGACAGCUGCGACAGCUUCGGCUCUGAUGGCUUUGCGACUACGAAGAGGCCUGUGAGACAAACAAGAAGCUCAGCUAAGACAGGGAAAGUUUUCAGAGGCCCCACAGUGUCUGAGGAGGAAGCUUGCAGUGGCUUUGAGGAGAAUGACUUCAGUAAUCAGAUGAAUACCCUGAAAAUGGAUUCUGACUCAGAUUCUUUAGAGCCUUUGAAAAGACCUCGUCGCUCCUUCACCCUUAGAGUGGCUAUGAAGUUCCCAGCAAAAAAAAAAGGCAAUCAGAAGAAGUCGACGAGUCCUCAGGCUGCUCCUCAACCCAAAGACCCAGAGUCCGACUCAGAUGAGGAGGAGAACUUUGUUGCGAAGAGAGCACUCAAUAUUAAAGAGAACAAGGCUAUGCUGGCAAAGCUAAUGGCAGAGUUGAACAAAGUUCCUGGUCUCUUCCCUAGGAGGAUGUCUCUACCAUUGACCAAUACGCCUCGGCGUGUUCCUCGCCGUUCUCUGGAAACACCUGGACUUCGGAGAAAGAAUCCUGAACGUACAUCACGGCCUCACACUCGCUCCCGUUCACUGGUGGAUGGUCCCCCCACUCCUCCUGAAGAAGAGUCUGAGGACAAGUUUGGCCUGGUUCGCAGGAACAGAUACAGCGAAGACGAUGAUUAUGAACCAGAGCCGCGCCGUCGACGCACCUACACCGGUGUUCUUGCCAUCCCCCAUGUGGUAAGACCUGUGGAAGAGAUUACCCAGGCAGAACUGGACAAUAUCUGCUUUAAUGUCAGAGAGAAGGUCUACAACCGCAGCACUGGUUCCACCUGUCACCAAUGUCGUCAGAAGACAACAGAUACCAAGACUAAUUGCCGCAACCCAGAGUGUGUAGGGGUCAGGGGGCAGUUCUGUGGACCUUGUCUGCGGAACCGUUAUGGAGAGGAAGUCCGGGAUGCUCUGCUGGACCCGGAGUGGCGUUGCCCGCCAUGCAGAGGCAUUUGUAACUGCAGCUUCUGCAGGGCCAGAGAAGGUCGUUGUGCUACAGGUGUGCUGGUCUAUCUGGCAAAGUACCAUGGCUAUGACAAUGUUCAUGCUUACCUGAACAGCCUGAAGAAGGAGUUGGAGGAGAGCGAGUGAGAAAACGGCAGCCCCUGUUCAGCCCCGCUGAUUUUAAAUGACCACUGCCUGUUUUUGGUUCUGUAUGUUUUCAGAAUUUGAAUAGGACAUUUCAAAACUUCAUGUAAGUUCAUGUGCCUUUUGAGUAGCCAAUUGAAAAUGGUCUACACAACUUUUAAAAUUUACAUUGUUUUAAAUGUAUAAAGUUACCAAGUUAUUGAUUUGCUUAGUGGCAGAGAAACUGAAAAAACUGUACUGUAAUUUUGCUUACAUGAUUUUUACAGCUUGAGCAUGUUUUUAAUGCCUUUCAGAUUCUUUUUUUUUUUUUUUAUUCCACCUUUCAUACACUGUAAAAUACUGUUUGAAUGAAUUUUUUUUUUUCUACAAGGCUUUUCUUUGUGCUGAAUUAAAGUAGGGAGGCAGAAAAUUGAGCAGGAGUCAUGUGGUGAAUUCACUUUUAAGAAACUGUUCAUGAACUUUGUUCAACACUUGUACUUUCAUCCAAUAAAUGCAUUAUAGUUUCUAA